AUGAAAUUCACUGGAUUCUCUAUUUCUCUGGCCCUUGCUGGCCUUGUCUCUUCCGCCGCUCUGCCCACGGUCCCUGGUGGCAAUGCCAUCGGUGGUGUUGUUAACACAGCCACAGGGGCCCUCAGUGGUCUGAAGCGUGAUGGUGGUGAUGCCGUUAGUGGCGCUGCCUACGGUGUUUCCGGCACACUAAACGGAGUCACUGGUAUUGCUGGCAGCGCUGCCGGUACUGUUGAGAGCACCUCAUCAGGUGCGGUUGGAACUGCCGAAAAAACGGUCACUGACGCUGUCCCUGCCAAACGUCAGGCUGGUGGUCUCGUGGAUACUGUCAAAGGUGCGACUGGUGGUCUUGGGGCUACUGUCAAAGGUGCGACUGGUGGUCUUGGGGCUACUGUCAAAGGUGCGACUGGUGGUCUCAAGCGUGACGGUGGUGAUGCUGUUAGUGGUGCUGUUUAUGGUGCUACUAGCUCGCUUAACGGAGUCACUGGAAUUGCUGGUAGCCUUGCUGGUACCGCUGAGAGCACUACGUCUGGCGCUGUCGGAACUGCUGAGCAUGAGGUUGCUGACAUUGCCCCUGCUAAGCGUGACGGUGGUGAUGCCGUUAGUGGUGCUGUUUAUGGUGCUACUAGCUCGCUUAACGGAGUCACUGGAAUUGCUGGUAGCCUUGCUGGUACCGCUGAGAGCACCUCGUCUGGCGCUGUUGGAACUGCUGAGCAUGAGGUUGCUGGCGUCGCCCCUGGUCGCAAGCGUCAGCUUCCUGGUGCCGGUCAAGUUGUCGAUGCUUCCAUCAAGAACGAUCUUGGCAUGUUGAGCGGGAACCCCUCUGGCCUCAUUGGCGCCCUCGGUGGCCUUCAGGCUGCUCUUUCUACUGGCGGCAUCCUUCCCAGCCAAAUCUCUACCCUCCCUGCUGAGAUGCAGCUCGUUGUCGCCUACCUUUACACCGCUUAG